ACGCAGGUCUCUAGGCAACAGAAUCCCAAACAGCGCGUUCACGUUUCCUCUCCGCCUGGCAGCGCGGGGGGCGCGAGCGGCCGGGGUCCGGGCAGCAACACCAGCCCCGGGGCGGCAUCGGGCUCGAGACCGGCACGAGCAUGGCGCUACCGCUCCUGCCCGGGAACUCCUUCAACCGCAGCCUAGGGAAAGAAAAGUUUCAUAAGUCUCAGCAUUGGGGUUACUGCAAUAAAAUUGCUAUGUUGGUGGGAGAAGAUAAACCUGGAAUAGGAGGUGAACCUUUGCGUGGACAAAAGCUGAAACCUAAAUAUACUGUGUUUCCCAGAGGUGUGGGAAGUGAUGCUCCUUCAUGGGUAGCAUUUGAUAAACAGGUAUUGUCUUUUGAUGCCUAUUUUGGUGAAGAAGUGCCUGAAAAAAAUCAAGAGCUAUAUAGAAUAAGACAUUGUAAAAUAUACUUCUAUCUUGAAGAUGACACAAUUCAAGUGGUUGAACCCCAAGUCAAAAAUAGUGGAAUACCACAAGGAACUAUUGUCCGGCGUCAUCGAAUUCCACUUCCACCUCCUAAUGAAGAUCAGUUUUAUACUGUAGAUUAUUUCAACAUCAAUACAGAAGUAAUCUUUUAUGCCCAAAGGUAUAAGAUUGUAGAUUGUGAUCAAUUCACAAAAAAUUUUUUGAGGAAGCUGGGAGUUCGAUUAAAUCCUCCAGCAUAUCAUCCAGAAGAUCCAUACACCAGAGCCCGGCAAAAGAUUGCGGAUAGUAUAAAGCCCUUGCGCCCUUAUGAGCGCUUUGACACUCUGAGACAGUUUCUGGAGUACGAUGGACACGUUUUACGUUUUUACUGUAUGUGGGAUGAUACAGAAUCCAUGUUUGGGGACCCACGAGAACUUAUUCUGCACUAUUUUUUGGCUGAUGAUACUAUUGAAAUAAAAGAAGUGAUACCAGUAAACUCGGGCCGGGAUGCUGUUCCACUUUUCCUCAAUAGGAAGAAGCUACCAAAGUAUGCUCCAGCAGGGCUGUAUCAGCCUGGUGCAAUCACAGAUCGCACAGUUCUCAAUGUGUUUGGAGGCUUAGUAGGAAACAAAGGCCGUUACAUUCUGGACAAUCGUAAGACAGGAACUGUGCAUCAGGAAUUUUACAAAGACUCUGACCUGACAAUAGGGGCAGUGAUCAAUGUUUGGGGAAGGAGGGUAAAACUCUGUGACUGUGAUGAAUUUACUAAAGAAUAUUAUACGACAAAGUAUGGAAUCAGUAGAAGAGACAAGGCUUGGGAAGAAAAAAAAAACCCAUUCUUGUUUGUGGCCAUUGUUGUACACUGCCUUUCUGAGGCCCUCAGUUCUUUCAUGGACCAUGGAUGCUGUGACAUCCUUCUGGCUGGUGAUUUGCCUAAGGAUUUUACUCCAGUUCCAUUCAAGGCUCCACCUCCUCCAAAAAUAGAAAGGAAGUUUCCACCAUACACUGGAUUUGGCUCUGAAGAGGAUUCUCUAGGCUCCUGCAUGAGCCUUCUUCCCCAACCUCCCCAGAAAGAUUUCAAGAAAUUCUUGGAGAAAGACAGAAAAGGCCUCGAAAGUAACCUGCUGCGCUUUCUUGCAAAAUUUAUUACUGAUAAUCCCAUUGACAAGGAUCGGCAAUUCAUUAUUUCUUAUUUUCUGAGUGAUGACACAAUUUCAGUGUUUGAGACCCCACAGCGAAAUACAGGGAUACUUGGUGGGAAGUUCCUGGAAAGAAGUCGUAUUAAGAAGCCUGGGCAGGAGCUCUUUAAGAGUGAGAUAUCUGAGUACUUCAAAGCUCAGGAUCUGUUUGUUGGAGCCAAAGUUUGUUUCAAUGGUCACAACUUUCUUUUGGUGGAUGCUGAUGAGUAUGCAUUCAACUAUAUGGAGAAGCAUGCAGAUGAGUUCCCAAUGGCCAAUAUCAGCCUCAUCCUGAACAAACUGAAGGCUAUAGGAGAACCUAGUUCCAGAGAGAUCAAGCAGAUUUUUGCAGCCACUGACCCUGAACACACCAAGGUGAUGGAAUAUAACCCUUUCAGAAAUUUGAUGGUGAAUAUCGCUGGUGGAAAAUUGUCAGAACAUGAAAUUAUGACUAUUGGACGUUAUUACAGCGUGCAAAAUGAGUUUGAAAUGGACAUCAACUUCCUUCUUGCAGUGGCUCAAGAACAGCUAAAGAAAAAUAGCUUUGAGUAUUUCGGACAACUGUCUGCUACCUUUGUAUACAAUGACCGUGAAAAAUGUGGGUUGCUGCCCCAUGAGAAAUGCAGGACUAUUUGCAAGUCCUUCAGAUUGCCAUUGGCUGAUGAUCUUCUGCAAGCUUUACUGACCAUGUUUGAAGAUGGCAAGGAACAAGUAGAUUAUAAGAAGUUUGUCAAUGGGCUGAAUUGGAGAGAGAAUCCAGUUCCGACUUUCCAGACAAUAAAGGUUCCUAUAAAGUAUGAAGAUGACUGGAGUGGGCAGCCACCAUCCCUUCCAGUGAAAAGGAUCAAAUAUUUACCCCUAAUAGAGGAUGUUUUUGGCACUGAAGAAUAAUCUGGUCUAUGCAGGUCACUUCUUUUGAAUUACUGUUGCAACUUCACCAAGCGUGUCUGGACAGAUACUGUAAACUUUCCUUAAAAAAUAAAAGAAUCACAGAUAUAGAUUUUAUUGAAUUUAAAUUUCUUACUCCAAUGUAGAAAUAUAGUUCAUGAAUUUUUGUAAUUCUUUCAAAAUACAAAGUACUGUACUGUAAGUACAUGAGCACAAUUAAAAAUAUCCUUUAAACUGAACUUCAUGUUUGCUUAUAUGUAGAAUGCACAAAUAUUCAGAAAUCUUACAGUGAGAAUCAAAUGUAGCAAAGUGUGACUGACCCUAAACCAUUCUCAUCUGCAAACAAACGAAAAUUAUCACUGACAACAUUAAGUCAGACUAUAUCAGCACAAUAAUUUAAUAUUCUCUUCAAUUUUUUUUCAUGCUGCUUAGUUUUAUAUUGAUGUAUCCCUGCUGAAUCUUAAGUGUUGUUUAUGUCAAAGCCAGUUAGUUUAUGGAGGGGUUCUAGCACAGCAUAACAUUUCCUGGUAUCAGAGAUAAUUACAGCCUACCAAUAUAGAAGUAAAUAUCUUGCAGUGUAACACAGAAACUCUGAGCUCUUGAUUUUUGCUUUACAUACAUCCUAAAUCGAUAGACGUCAAAACUUAUUUGGGGAAUCUGUGUGAAAUGAAUUGGUGGUUUUAGUCCAGUCUUAGUGAACAGGUGUCCUCAGUGUAAAACUGCACUUUCCCAACUGAAACAAAUUGAUACCCUGCUUAUCGUUCAAGAUUGUGAUGAUUAAGUGGAGUUCCUGUCAGUACUUUGUACGUAUAUAGCGCUGUACGAGUUCAAAGCCAUGUUUAGACAGGAAUUCCUUCAUUAUCACUACACCCCUGUGAACUGGUAAGUAUUAUUCCAGUUUAAGAAGGGUGGGGAAGCUGAGUCAGAGGUGUGGAGGGACUUGCCCAAGGCAAUAGUGAGUCAGUAGAAAAACCGGGAUUAGAACUCAAAAGAUCCUGACUCUCAGCUCUGCACUAGUAUUUUCUGGUUACUUUUGUGAAAUUAUUAAAUUCAUUGAUUGAGGAUGACAGGUUUUUAUCUCAAAUUGCAAUUCAAGGAGAAGGACAAGUGCUUAAUUUAGAAAGACAAACACUUAGCUUAUUUUAUGAUUCUGUAUUACAAACAAGUUUAAUAGAUCAUUUAAAUCAGAUUUGUUUUGUGGUCAUACAUUUUAAACACAGAUUAGACUCCAUAAUGUCAUAGAUUCCAAGGCCAAAAGGGGCCAUUGUGAUCAUCCAGUCCAACGUCCUACAGGCCACAGAGCUUCCCAGAAUUAAUUCCUGUUUGAACUAAAGCAUAUAUUACAGAAAAAACAUUCCAUUUUGAUUUAAAAAUUGCCAGUGAUGGAAAAUCCACCACAACUCUUAGUAAAUUGUUCCAAAUCAUUAAAAAUGUGUACCUUAUUUCCAGUCUGAAUUUGUCUAACUUCAGCGUCCAGGGAUUGGAUCCUGUUAUACCUUUAUCUGAUAGAUUGAGGAGCCCUCUAUUACCAAAUUUUUGUUCCCUAUGUAGGUACUUAUAAACUGUGAUCAAGUCACUCCUUAAGCUAUUUUAGACUUGAUAAUGCCUUCUCACAUGUCUGACAAGAUCUAUGUGUAGAUAAGUAACAAGACUUGUUUUUCUUGGAAAGAAAGGUUGAGAACUACCAUCUUUCUGUCUUUUGACUAUUUUGUAAUGCUGUUCUGUGUAUUUUUAAUAAUACUCACUGAAUUUUCUCCCUG